UUUCUUUACAUCAUCUUCGGACUGGAGUGCCGGUUCAUCGAAGUUACUCUCUCUCUCUGAAGAUGUAUAAAUGUCUCUUUUUAUGUACCAAUUUCUGUCAUAGACAUUCAAGAUUCAAGAUAGAUGGCGUCUUCUAAGCUUCUCUGUCUUCUCGUCUUUCAAGCUCUCCUCUUCUUUCCACCAGCCCAUGUAGCCUCAGCAAACUCGAAUCUCUUCCGAGAGUACAUCGGAGCAGAAUUUAAGGGCGUUAGGUUCUCUGAUGUCCCCAUUAAUCCCGAUGUCGACUUCCAUUUCAUUCUGGCUUUUGCUAUUGACUACACCACCUCCUCUUCUCCCUCUCCCACCAACGGAAAAUUCAACAUCUUUUGGGACUCCAACAACCUCAGCCCCUCACGGGUCUCUUCCAUCAAGAGCGGCCGCCCAAAUGUGAAGGUGGCUUUAAGCUUAGGAGGCGACACCGUCGGCAGUAGCUUUGCUUACUUCCAGCCUACUUCAAUCGAUUCCUGGGUUCAAAAUGCUGUUUCUUCACUCACGAAGAUCAUCAACGAGUACAACUUGGAUGGCAUCGAUAUAGAUUAUGAGCACUUCAAAUCUGAUCCCGACACCUUCGCCGAGUGUAUAGGAAGGCUUAUAUCAAUACUGAAAGGGAAAGGAGUAAUCUCAUCUGCUUCAAUAGCCCCCUUCGACGAUGACCAGGUUCAGAACCAUUACUUGGCCCUUUGGAGCAAGUAUGGGCAUCUUAUAGAUUAUGUUAACUUCCAAUUUUACGCUUAUGACAAGAGCACAACCGUGACCCAGUUUAUACAUUACUUUGAGACACAGACUUCUAGCUACAGAGGAGGUAAGGUCUUAACCAGCUUCAUCAGCGAUGGCAGUGGUGGUCUGUCUCCAGACUAUGGCUUCUUUGAAGCGUGCACUGCUCUCAAAGAGCGUAAUCAACUUCACGGCAUCUUUGUGUGGUGUGCAGAUGACUCCAAGGCAAAUGGUUUCCUUUAUGAGAAGCAAUCUCAAACACUUUUGGCAAGCCCCAACUAGUGUUAUAUGGAUGUAUCUUGUAUAUGAAUAACACCCCUCAAAUGGAGAAUGACAUUCCAGCAGGGAUGAAAACGGGAUUCCACUCCA